AUGCGCCUGAGCAGCAGGUUAUGCUCAGCUUUGCUUCAUUUUCACAAUCCAACACUAUGGCCAGCCGAAUUGAAAGCAGGUGUGCUUGCUGGUUGCCGAGUUAUCCCGAACUUUGUGACUGAAGAGGAAGAAGCUGAGUUGCUGCGCGAAGUGGAACCACAUAUGAAACGAUUACGAUAUGAGAAAAAUCAUUGGGAUGAUGCAAUCCAUUUGUAUCGUGAACGUGAACAACGCAGGUGGUCGCCAGCUAAUGAGAAGAUCAUUCAGCGUAUUCGUGCUACGUCAUUUCCACCUGAUGCUGAACAUUUGACUUCUGUGCAUAUCCUCGACCUUCACAAGGAUGGUCUCAUCAAGCCACAUAUCGAUGCUAUUCGGUACUGCGGUGAUGUAAUCUCAGGCCUUUGCCUUUUAUCGGAUGCUGUCAUGCGAUUACGACAUAAAGACAGAAAAGAUGAGCUUAUCGUAGACAUGUUGGCUCCUCGACGAGGGCUUUAUCGGAUGGGGUAAAU